AUGCUUAAGGAUCUGCCGCCGCUGCCACCUCUCGGCCAGCUGGACGACCUGAAUUUCCCAGCGGAUCCAGCACCGCAAGCACCUUCGGUUUAUGCUGGGUCAAUGAAAUCGCGCAGCCAUAUAAUGAGCCAGUAUGAGCUGUCACCGUCGUCGAGCUCUGCCAGUCUGCGUGACGCGGCAGCGCGCAAGCCCAGUUCUAGCAGCACUGUUAGCAACGACAGCACCGAGACCACGUACAUGAAGCGGCCAGCAAUGAAUGCACUGGGUGAAUAUGACCCGGUGCCGCCUCUGCGGCUGACAGGCAAGCAUGAGUUCACAGCCGUACCCACGAAGCCCGUGCAGCCCUCGACGCUGCGGCGCGAGUCUGAUCUCUCGUUUAUGACUAACGCGUCAACAGACUCGAUCAGCUGGCAGCCGCACAGCAUCAAACCAUUGCUGCCACUCAAGCAGCCCCCGCAACGGCUAGCGCAGCCCCAGGUGGUACCUGUGCAGACACAGCUGACACCACUGAAACACUCGCGUAGUAUGGCGUAUGCGAAACCCAAGGACGCAUCCUUGCAGUCGUCCGCCAGCCACUAUGUGCCAGCAUUGAUGCCGCUGGCAUCUUCCAAGGAGAGCGAUGCGAUAUACUGCCAGUCUCAAAUAACCUUGGUUUCACAGUCGUCCAAGACGUCCAAGCACUCUGUGGUGCCACCGCUGUUGCCGCUGGCAACCUCGAAGGAGAAGUCGGAAGAGGAGCAGCGUCAGAAGCAGUCGCAGAAGAAGGUGCUGCCGCUGCUCUCCCCGCUGAAGUCAACUGCAGCCAAAUUCGAGCCGUUCAACCAGAUCCAGCAGCCGAUCAGCGUCUCGUCGGGUCGCUCGACCUGUGUUGAGUCGGUGCUGACCGAGCAAUGCGAGCCCCUCGUGAGCCGCAUGCGUGCGGCUGGGCUCGAGAUCACACGUCUAUUGAAGGCCAGCACCGAGGCCUUCCACGACGUGUCGUCGAUGAUCAGCGAAACGCUGGCUGAGGAGAUUUUCUUCUCGUUCAACAACCAUCUCAACGAGCUACUCGCCUCGCUCAUUCUCAACGAGAGUUCUGGCGACGAGGGCGACCCGGAUCACGACAGCACCGCGGCGGAUGCGUUUAUCCCGCUGCCUUCGAAGGACUACAACCGUGCAGAGUGGUCGCAAGCAACGUCUAACGCCCAAUUUGGCAGCAUGAAGCCACGCAAGUCGCAGAGCCCGCCCGAAGAGCCACCGCAGCGGGAGUCGCUGCAGCUGCAGCCCGCAGAACCAGAGGAUAUGUAUCAGCGGCCGACAAUAUACUCGCAGGCACAGCAAGGGACGCCUGCCUUGAAUGCACUGAACGAGCUGCUGUUUAUGGCCAACGAAUGGGUCGACUACCAGCAGCAGAAGCUGGUUGACACGUACGUUGAUGGGCGCAACGUGGCCAGAUUCGUAUAUGAUUUUGACGAGAUGGUUGAGGUGGCGUUCGCCGAAUUUGCAAUCGCAGUUGAGAGUGUAUUGGCAGUAGUAGGCGAAAUGGAGACCCGGCCGUCCAUAUCUAGCGACUGCAGUGGCCUAACCAUGGUCGACAGCAACCCCAGUGGUUCCUACCCUCAGCAGCGCAUAGCUUCCAUCGACAGCGCCCUGUCUGGGAUCAUCGGCUGCUACGCCGACCGCACCUCACAUGUCAAGGGCCUGCUGACUGACUUUGCGCAGUCGUUUGGCGCUGACACAAUAGAUCCCGAAGACUUUGAGCAGGCUCUGAGUGCACUUGGUAUCGACACAGUCAAGUACAGCAAAGAGCAGCUGGAGCUCUAUGCCAAGACAAGCAUCUGCAAGACUGUCACCAACCAGAUGCUGCUGAGCACUGGAGUCGAGAACGAGUAUAUCGAUCGGCUCGAGGAGGCCGAAGAGGGCCUGGCUGUCCUGGAGGACUGCGUCGAGACACUCCGGCUCUCUGAGGGAGAUGUUGAGGCACGCGAGCAGGACCUGUGGCUAAUGCGGCGAAAGACCGAGAGCCAGCGCAUCAAGGUCGAGGGCUUAGGCGAGCAGGCCAGCGAGGCACGGCGCCAGCGGCGGAUAUUCGAGGCGCUGUUCACGCAGAUUUCCUCGAUAUAA